GGUGGUUAAGACGUAGAAGGAGAGUGUGGAUUCACGUUAAAGUUUACCUUCAGUUUCAGUAGUCAUACCGCGAAAGCAACAAGUUAAAUUUUAAAGAUAGCAAAGAAAGAUCAACAAGUGCAAAAACAUGGCUUUUAAUAAAAUCGCGUUGUUAUUGUUUACCGUUAUGUUAAUUUCUCUUAUUUAUACAGUGGAUGCUUUAAAAUGUUACAAAUGUACCUCUUUCGAAAUGGAAUUAUGCGCUGAUUACUUUAACCAAACAGACAUACGGAGAAGAAUGAUUUAUGGUCCUAAUUUUGCGGAUGCUCAAAUGCCGAAAGAAAUCGAUUGUGGAACUGAAGUUUUUGCUUAUCCAUCGAUUAAUCAGCGAGCAGUUUGCGUGAAAAAAGUCGAAACAGAAUACGGAAGAAAACGAUACUCAAGAGAAUGUAUGUUCAUCAAUAGAGAUUUAACAACUUUGGAAUGUCCCCAAGAAUCGAGACCAAGCAGUCAUAAAACCCUAGAAUCGUGCGACGUUUGCGAUACGGAUUUGUGUAAUUCAUCCCCGAAAUUGUUUUCACUUAAAAGUUUCUUUUUAUUAACUUUCUUAACGAUUUUAUUGCGAAUAUAAGCAUUUAAUCAAAUUAAAAUCAUUUAUAUUCUUA